AUGGCCAUGGGAGAGCCGCAAGGAGAGGCGCACCUUGGCGCAACCUUGGAGCCUGCAGAUGACGUAGGUGAUUGGCUGGGCCACUCCACCAAAGCUAAUGAACGAACAGCCCCUUUCCAAGGUUUGGAGCCCAAUUUUCAGGAACCGGUCAGGGCCAGCAGCCAAUGGCGCCGGGGCCCCGUUCGACUUUGGGCGAAACCCUAA